UUUUAGUUAAAAACUGAGUUCUAUCCUAAUGAUUCGAAGUGGAAUUUUUAGAACUUGUACAUGUAUAAAAUCAUUUAAGAAUAACAAACCAAGCUUAAGACGCUUUAGUAAUGAUAUUUGGAAUGAAGACUUGUCUUUAGAUGUUAAACUUAGAAUAGAAAAAUAUUGGAAAGAAAAGCUAAGCCGAAGUACUUAUAAUGUAAAAAAUGUUAACAAUAAAUUUUAUGUCCUAUCAAUGUUUCCCUACCCUUCUGGUCGCCUACACAUGGGCCAUGUUCGUAUUUAUGUAAUUGCUGAUUCAAUAUCUAGAUUUCACCGUAUGAAUGGACAAAAUGUAUUUCAGCCAAUGGGUUGGGAUGCAUUUGGGCUACCUGCUGAAAAUGCAGCAAUUUCUCAUGGAUUAGCACCUGAUAAAUGGACUUUUUCCAAUAUUCAAUAUAUGAAAGAACAACUGAUGCAAUUAGGGUGUAGUUUUGAUUGGUCUAAUGAAAUAUCGACUUGUGACCCCUUAUAUUAUAAGUGGACUCAAUGGAUCUUUUUAAAAAUGUUUGAAUCUGGUCUUGUAUAUUCUAAAGAAGCUGAAGUAAAUUGGGAUCCUGUAGACAAAACUGUAUUAGCUAAUGAACAAGUUGAUGAAAAUGGCCACUCUUGGAGAUCUGGUGCUUUAGUAGAAAAAAAAAUUUUAAAACAAUGGUUUAUUAGAACUACAAAAUUUUCUAAAGCUCUAUAUGAUGGUUUAAAUGAUUCUUCCUUAGAAGGCUGGAGAGAUGUUAUUAAUCUUCAAAAACAUUGGAUUGGAGAAUGUGAUGGUUAUAUAUUUGAUUUUAAUUUAUAUAUUGAUAAUGUUUAUUGUACAGUUCUCAAUAUUUGGACAUCUCAACCAGAAUAUGUUCCUUUAUCUGCAUUUAUAUGUAUAAAACCUAAUUCAUUUAUUCAUAAACACUAUGUGAUUAAGUCUACGCAAAUAUUUAUAAAGAACUUUAUAAAUGAUAAAAUGUUGCCAAUAUUAGUGACAGACGAAGUUGAAUACCCAGAUAGCAAAGAUGUUCGCCUAGCUAUUCCAUCAGUUUAUGAAAAAGAUAAAGAAUUAGCUAGAAAACAUAAUAUACCAUAUGAAGAUAACAAAAGUAAAAUGUCUAAAGAAGCUGUAUGUGAAAAAGCAAAACAGUUAAAUAUAGGGGGCUACCCUGUUAGUUCAAAAUUGCAGGAUUGGUUGAUAUCAAGACAAAGAUACUGGGGCACUCCUGUACCAAUAAUUCAUUGUAAAAAGUGUGGACAACAGUGUGUUCCUGAAGAGCAGUUGCCAGUCAUGUUACCAAUUUUAGAUGACAAUUGCAAUAAGAAUUCUUUAGAAAAGGCUGAAAAUUGGAUUAAAACUAAUUGUCCCAAAUGUGGAGGUGAAGCAAUUAGAGAAACUGACACAAUGGAUACAUUUGUUGAUUCAAGUUGGUAUUUUUUAAGGUAUCUUGAUCCAAAAAACAAUCAUAAGCCUUAUGAUCAGAGCUUAGCUAAUAAAAUGAUGCCUGUUGAUAUUUAUAUUGGUGGCAAAGAACAUGCUGUUCUACAUUUGUAUUAUGCAAGAUUUGUCAAUUAUUUUUUGCAUUCCAUAAAUCUCUCACCUUAUCAAGAACCAUUUAAAAAUUUGUUAGUUCAAGGUAUGGUAAUGGGUCAGAGUUUCAAAGAUAAAACUAAUGGUCAGUAUUUGAAACAAGAUCAAGUUGUUAAAAAAGGCAAUAAAUAUUUUACCAAAGAUGGUAACCAUCCAGUAACAACUGUUUGGGAAAAAAUGAGCAAGUCUAGACAUAAUGGAGUUGAACCUUCUAGUACAUUACAGGAAUAUGGUAUAGAUACCAUGCGAUUAUUAAUUUUAUCAAGUGUGGCACCUACAUCAAAUAGAAAUUGGAAUUCAGAGACUUUUCCUGGUGUUUUGAACUGGCAGCAAAAGCUAUGGUCAAUAAUUCAACAAUUUAGACACAUCAGAAGUUGUAGUUUACAACAAGAUAAUAUUGACUCAUCUAAAUUUCAUGAUGAACAAACAAAACUGUAUGAAGCUCGUAAUUAUUAUGUAAAAAAAACAUCCAAUAAUUAUAGAAAAUCAUACCAACUCAGCGUUGCUAUUUCAUUUUUACAAGGACUCUCAAAUAUUUUAAAAAAAUCUUCAAAAGAACUUGUUAAGUACAGUGCAGAGUAUGAACGUUUAUUAGCUGUUCAAAUAAUUAUGUUAGCCCCAAUGGCACCUCAUUUUGCUUCAGCUUUAUGGAGUGGGUUUGUAACAGCACCCGGACGAAUUAAUACCAAUUGGACUCAAAUAAAAUGGGAAGAAGAUGUAAUUGUUCAAAGUUGGCCUGAAGUAGAUGACAAUUAUGAACUGAAUCUUUAUUGCUUGGUUAAUAAUGCAAUUAAAUGUGUUUUGAAAAUGUCAAAAAAAGAUUUAAAAUUAUUGACUAAACAAAAAGCACUAGAAAUAGCCUUGAAACAAGAUAUCAUUCAAGAAUACACUUCAUCAUGGAAUAUAUUAGAUACGACUUUUCAAAUGUUUGAAGACGAUGAUGGUUAUUUACACAUAAAAACUGAUAGAAAAUCUGAAUCAAAGAAAAAUACUGAAAAUAGUUCAAAAAUUAUAAAAUAGAUAUAGGACUUUUAUAGAAUGAAAAAGUAUUUAAAUAUAGAUAAGAUUGAUAUAGAUUUUUUAAUAAAUUCCCUGUACUU